AUGUCUGAUUCAGAAGCAAGUAAUUAUUCAGGUAGUGGCUCGGAAGCAGCUAGUGUGGUGUCAAAUAGAUCGCGAAGAAGUGCUGCAUCUAAUCGCUCCGCUAGAUCCCGUUCUAUCUCUAGAUCGCGGUCGCGGUCGCGAUCAGGAAGCCGAAGCCCUUCUCGGACUCCUUCCAGAUCACGUUCUCGGUCGCGAUCUCGUUCACGCUCUAGGAGCCAUUCUGCUGGUUCUGACGGCAGCCGCAACAAAGAUGAUGAGGCUAAGGAAGCCUCAGGUGAUGAAGAAGUUGAGGAUGAACAAGAACCUGAAGGUGAAGAUCUUGUAGAUUCGGAAGAAUAUGACGAAGAUGAGGAUGAAGAAAGACGAAGGAAAAAACGGAAGAAGGAUAGUCGGUAUGGAGGGUUCAUUAUUGAUGAAGCUGAGGUGGAUGAUGAAGUUGAUGAAGAUGAUGAAUGGGAAGAGGGUGCCCAGGAAAUGGGCAUUGUGGGCAAUGAAGUUGAUGAGAUUGGGCCCACUGCCCGGGAAAUCGAAGGUCGACGAAGAGGUACUAACCUUUGGGACUCACAGAAAGAAGAGGAAAUUGAAGAAUAUCUCAGAAAUAAAUAUGCUGACGAAUCCGCCGCUUUAAGGCAUUUUGGUGAAGGUGGAGAGGAAAUGUCUGAUGAAAUCACUCAACAAACACUACUCCCAGGAAUAAAGGAUCCUAAUUUGUGGAUGGUAAAGUGCCAUAUUGGUGAAGAAAAGUCAACAGUUCUACUUCUUAUGAGGAAGUUUAUUGCAUAUAAGAAUUCAGAGGAGCCUUUUCAGAUUAAAUCUGUAGUUGCGCCUGAAGGUGUCAAAGGAUACAUCUACAUUGAAGCAUACAAACAAACACAUGUUAAAGCAAUUAUAAACAAUGUCAGUGCUUUGAGAAUGGGUACAUGGAAGCAAGAUAUGGUACCAAUUAAAGAAAUGACUGAUGUUCUGAGAGUAGUUAAGGAACAAUCGGGCUUGAAGCCGAAGCAAUGGGUCAGGCUGAAGAGAGGAUUGUACAAAGAUGACAUAGCUCAAGUAGACUAUGUGGAUUUGGCUCAAAAUCAAGUUCACUUAAAAUUGCUGCCUAGAAUAGACUACACGAGGCUAAGAGGUGCUCUGAGAACAGUGCAGAGCGAAAGUGAAGCGGCUAAAAGGAAAAAGAAGCGACGUCCAGCAGCUAAACCAUUUGACCCGGAAGCUAUACGUGCUAUUGGUGGUGAAGUCACUUCAGAUGGUGACUUUUUAAUUUUUGAGGGUAAUAGAUAUUCGAGGAAAGGUUUCUUAUACAAAAAUUUCACAAUGUCAGCUAUUUUAGCAGAAGGCGUUAAGCCUUCUCUUACAGAAUUGGAAAGGUUUGAAGAACAGCCCGAAGGAAUUGAUAUUGAAUUGGCAGCACCGGCGAAGGAUGAUCCAACUAGUCUUCAUUCUUUUUCAAUGGGCGAUAAUGUUGAAGUAUGCUCCGGUGAUCUUGCAAAUUUACAAGCCAAGAUUAUUGCUAUCGACGGUUCAAUGAUAACUGUGAUGCCAAAGCACGACGCAUUGAAAGAUCCUCUUGUAUUUAAACCCAACGAGUUAAGGAAAUAUUUCAAGCAGGGUGAUCACGUUAAAGUGUUGGCGGGGCGGUACGAAGGAGAUACCGGACUCAUAGUUAGAGUUGAACCACAUAGAGUGGUUCUAGUAUCCGACUUAACUAUGCACGAGUUGGAGGUUCUUCCUAGAGACCUUCAACUAUGUUCCGACAUGGCGACUGGUGUAGAUUCCUUAGGACAGUUUCAGUGGGGCGAUAUGGUCCAACUCGAUCCACAAACUGUAGGAGUGAUUGUAAGAUUGGAAAAGGAAAACUUCCAUGUUUUAGGCAUGCAGGGAAAAGUUAUAGAGUGCAAACCCCAAGCGCUUCAGAAACGUCGCGAAAACAGAUUCACUACGGCGCUCGACUCCGAACACAACACGAUACAGAAAAAGGAUAUCGUGAAAGUAAUAGACGGCCCGCACGCCGGGCGGGAGGGCGAGAUAAAGCACCUAUAUAGAAAUUUCGCCUUCCUGCAAUCGCGAAUGUACCUGGACAACGGCGGCAUAUUCGUCUGCAAAACGCGCCACUUACAACUGGCGGGCGGAGCGAAGAACUCAGCGACGGCGAACGGAUUGGCGCUCGGGUUCAUGUCGCCGCGUCUUCAAUCGCCCAUGCAUCCCUCAGCGCGGGGUGGUGGGGGCAGGGGACGUGGUCGCGGCGGCCGGGGUGCCGUGGCGCGGGACCGGGAGCUCAUCGGGCAGACGAUCAAAAUCACGGGCGGGCCGUACAAGGGCAAUGUGGGGAUCGUCAGGGACGCCACGGGAAGCACGGCGCGCGUAGAACUGCACACCAUGUGCCAGACGAUAUCAGUAGACCGCGGGCAUAUCGCAGAAGCGGGCACGGGUGCGCGUGGCGGUGCGUCGAGUUACUCGCGCACGCCGAUGCGCAUGACGGGCUCGCACACGCCUACGUACCGCGACACAGGAAUAAAGACGCCGAUGCACGGCUCCCAAACGCCGAUCUACGAAUCGGGUGCGAGGACCCCACACUACGGGUCGGCGACACCGUCGCACGAAGGGGGGCGUACUCCGGCGCAUGGCGUUUGGGACCCGUCGGCGUCGGCUACGCCGGCGCGUACCGAUUUCGAGUUCGAGGAGUCGGGCGGGUACGGGCAGGGUCCGUUCACGCCGCAGACGCCUGGCACGAUGUACGGCUCGGACUCGUACAGCCCGUACCGGCCCAGUCCGAGCCCGGCGGGCUUCCCGGCCGGCUACCUGGGCGCGCCCAGCCCGGCCGACUACUCACCCAGCUCGCCCGCCUACGCGCCGCCCACGCCCGCCGGACCAAGCGACACUCCCGACUGGCACACCACCGAUGUCGAGGUGCGCGUUUCUGCGAGCGCAGAGGAGGGCGUUCGCGGGCAAACGGGCGUGCUGCGGUCGCUGGCGGGCGGCGCCUGCGCCGUGUUCCUGCCGCGCGACGAGCGCGUCGUGUCGCUGCCCGCCGCGCUGCUCGAGCCCGUCGUGCCGCAGUCCGGCGACCGCGUCAAGGUCAUUGCUGGCGAGGACCGUGAAGCUGUAGGACAACUCAUCUCAAUAGAGAACCAGGAAGGAGUUGUCAAAUUUGGAACGGACGACAUCAAGAUCAUGCAACUUAGACACUUGUGCAAGAUGAGUGCUGCGUAG